GAGCGCGUCACAGUCAGACGUGAUUGGGAAAGAUCUCAGCGACGGUUUACAGGAGAGAGUCCUCUGAUUCUCUGGUCAACGUGACAUUAUCAGUCUCUUGAUGGAUCUCAGGAACUCGAUCAGAUGAGAUCUUGAGUGUGCCUCAGCACCUGUGCAGGCAGCUGUGAGCAGGCCGUCCUGCCUGUGUCUGUAUGGGUGGGAAUGGCAGCAUCAGCUGUUGGUGGGAAUCACUUACACACAACAUGGAAACACAUUGUGAUCAUUGUUACAACGCUCCUGCUCUUAUGUGCUCCUUCAGUAUGUGCACAGUGUCGAAUCUUGCGAUGCAACUCCGAUUUCGUGGCUGCGACUCUUGAAAUAGGUGUCAUUGGAGGAGGACGUAAGGAUGGAGCUAAUGCUGUCUACUGCAGCGCCCUGCGGUCCUACGCGCUCUGCACCCAGCGGACGGCCCGAGCAUGCCGUGGAGACCUGGCCUACCACUCUGCUGUGCAGGGCAUCGAGGACCUGCUCAUCCAACACCGCUGCCCCAAAACAGGCCCCACGGCUCAGCCGCGGCCCCUGCCCCCUCUCUCAAGGGACGGAUGCUUCUAUGAGAAGGCGUUUAUGCAGAGGGAGGGCCGAGCCCCAGAGUACCUGCACUGUGGGGUGUUUGGAGACCCUCAUAUCCGCACCUUUAAUGAAGAGUUCCAGACGUGUGCUGUGCAGGGCGCCUGGCCUCUCAUAGACAACCAGUACCUGUACAUCCAGGCCACCAGCACACCCACUAGAGGGAGCUCUUACACUACCAUACUCACAAAGAUCACGGUUAUCUUGAAGAACUGGCGCGAGUGUGCAGAGCUGCAGAUAUAUCAAGCGGAGCUGGAUAACGUUCCCCCGGCGUUUGUGGAUGGUUCUGUGACCGGCGGUGAUCGCAGAGGGCAUCAGAGCCUGCGCGUUCACUCUCACGACCCUGGCCGACACGCUGAGAUCUGGGCUACGCACAUCGGGACGAUGAUAGUGGUGCGUCAGGUCGGCCGGUCGCUGAGUCUGUCCGUGCGCUCCCCUCGUGCGAUCGUGGAGUCCCAUACGCCUGAGCAGGACUUGCAGUUGUGUGUAUGGGGGUGUCCGGUCUCGCAGCGUCUGGAGACGCCCUAUGCGCAUCCGUCCACGCCUGCAUACACACACUGCUCCUCACUGCUUCCGGUGCGGGAUGUGUAUUUCCAGGCUUGCUUGUUUGAUCUACAGGUCACUGGAGAUUUGAACUCCAGUGCAUCAGCUGUGGCUGCUUUAGAGGAUGCUCGCGCGAUGAUCUCGGACCCUGAUAGGAUUCACCUGCUGACGGACAGGGCAGGUAACAACCCUCCAUCAUUGCCGGUGGCACUGGCCUUAAGCAUCCUUGUAGAGACCCUCAGACGUACUUUCUUGGGCCCAGUGUGACGUCAAAAACACUGCACUAAAACAUGCCGUAUGUGAUAUUUAAAGGAUAUUUAUACUUUGGUUCAGUGUUUACAUCUCAGUGGUUUGGAAGUUUAUGGUUUGUGAAUAGAGGCUGUCUGGAACGGCCGUGGAAAAAAAUAAUUUUAUUGUAUUUGUUUCAGUGUUAAAUGCACAUAAAGUGUGUGAAUUAUAAAUGUAACAUAUUUGUGGAUAUUUUUAUCUGGAUAAAUGUGAAUAACCUUUGAAAAAAUAAGCAAAUGUGAGUGAUUUGCUCAUUCAUCUCAGUGUAUGUUUUCUCAAAGGUGGAUGAAAUUUAUGCAGGAGUGUAUUUAUAAUAAAGAAAAAAUGUAAAAAUGUUUCCACAGCCAA